GCAUUUAAUGGAAAGACGGGAUUAUUUAAGACUUGAUUAAAAUAAAAUAAAAAUUUCGAGUGGGCUAUCUCGAAGUAAAUUCUCAGUAGAGGGGUCUCGUAUUCUCCGAUCAUCUGGAAUUGACAGGUAAUGGCAGGACAGGGUGAUUCAAGUUCAUCUGAGAAGAAAUCAAAGGAAGUUAUGAAUGAUGUAUCAACUUUUAGAGCAGAGAAUUUGCAGAAUAACAUGAAAGUUGUAUAUUACAGCCGAACAUUUUUGUCGAUAAUCGGAGGGGCUAUUGCUGGGAUUUUAGGGUUGACAGGCUUUGUGGGUUUUAUAUUGUAUUUCAUUGUCAUGGCAAUUACUUCAAUUGGACUCAUAGCAAAGGCAAAGUUCUCCCUUCAUUCUUAUUUUGAUUGCUGGAAUCGGAUUAUACUCGAUGGAUUCUUGGGUGGGCUUAUGUCAUUUGUGCUAUUCUGGACACUUGCUUAUGAUAUCGUGCAUAUAUUCUGAGGAACUAUCUCCUAUGAUCUCGGCUGGAAAAGAAGCUGUUCUGUUUCCCUUGCUGCUGGCAUUUGCAAUCGGAUUCCAUAUUUUUGUUACCUUUUCUUCUUUACUUUCUAUUGCAUUUUAUUUUCCAUUUUCCUUUGUUCCUAGAUUCAACAAAUCUUGGAAUAAAACGUAAGGCAUAUUAAUUAAA